AUGUCGGAUCGUGGUGAAGUAGUUCCAGAAGAAGUCAGUAAUAGUAAACAAGCCUUUACAACUUGUGCGAAAUGUGGGCUCCUAAUAGUUGGACAAUUUGUACGGGCAUUGGGAGGGACAUACCAUUUAGAGUGCUUCAAAUGCCAGGAUUGUGGAACUAUUGUCGCUGCUAAAUUUUUUCCAAUAGAUGGUUUAGAAGGAAAACAACACCCUUUAUGUGAACGAGACUAUUUUCGACGAUUAAACCUCAUCUGUGAAAAGUGUGGUGGUGCCCUUCGAGGAUCUUAUAUUACUGCUCUUGAUAAAAAGUAUCACAUUGAACAUUUUACCUGUUCUGCUUGCCCUACAGUGUUUGGUCCUCAAGAUUCGUAUUACGAACAUGACGGACAGGUUUAUUGUCAUUACCAUUACUCCACUCGAUUUGCAGUCAAAUGUACGGGUUGCCAAACUGCCAUUUUAAAACAAUUUGUAGAAAUUAAUCGAAAUAGUAUCGACGAACAUUGGCAUCCUGAAUGUUAUAUGAUCCAUAAGUUACAUGCUUUCUUAUAUUUAACUCAUGAGGAGGACUUAAUCAAUUUAAUUGAUGGGUGUACCUAUGAUAAGCAAGGUUCAGAAAAUGUUGAUCAGCCGGAACCUGAAAUUUCAUCACCGGAAGAACUUAAAAAUCAACAAAAAGCCAUGGAAGAAAAAGUUUACAAUAUAUGGACAGUGCUUUCUACAUUUGAAGAAAUGUCAGCGGCAUGUAUUUCGGAUAUGCUUAUACACGUGUCAAAUGGAUCUUAUUUUAAUGGCGUGAAAAUGGCAGAAAAAUUCAUCAAUCACGUUGAAAUAUUAUUCUCUGCUAUCGAUGAUUUGGAAGCUCAAUUAAUAAAAGCAAGUGGACAAGGUCUUCAACACAAUAGGGAAGCAAAAAUGCUUUGCAAGAAAAUAGUUAAUUUUUUCUCUCUAUUGUCAAAUACACAAGAAACCGAUGUCAGACGAUUGGGUAUAACGCAGGAACUCUUAUCUCUAGUAACAGGAUUAGCACAUUAUUUAAAAAUUUUAAUUAGGAUCGCGCUUACAGGUGCAUUGAAAUUGGAAAGAGAUUUUGAAAAUUCUACAGCAAUAGGACAGUUCUUAAAUAAACUCUCUGAACUUACAAACAAAGGUAGUCAGCAAGAUAAAGAAACAAAUGUAGAUGGUGAGGCUACAUCAGAUUUAUGUCAUGCGUGUCGCAUUACAGUUGAAGAAGAGUGCUAUAAAUAUGGACAUUAUCGAUGGCAUAUUGGAUGUUUGAGAUGUUCUGGAUGUUCUCGUGAAUUGCGUACAAUAUUUAAGGAUGCGUCUUUCAAUCAGAUAACAGAAAUGGCAUUUUGUCCAAGGGACACCAAUGAACAAUCUGCAAAAGGGUUCCAGCGAAAAGACGAGAGCCAGAAUCCAUCAGCUAUUGAUGUUAAUCGUGGACGUAAAGAUCAGAAAUCCGAAGUUGGGAUUGUUCGUAGGGAUUCUAUGUUAAAAUCUUAUUCCAGUGGUGAUAAUUAUGACCCUCUUAAUAAAACUGAUAUAAAACGUAUGAAGUCUGUUCACAUGGAUCGUAAAUUAUCCACUUCGGCAAGAAUUGCGACACGAUCUAGAAUAAUAGAGCAGGAAUCGGAGCCUUCUACAAGUUCCAUUCCUGAUGAUUCUGCAAAGGAUAAAUUAGCAAGAGCUCCUUCACAACAUCAUGUUAAGAUUGUACAAGAUCAAGUGUUCGAUUUGCAAACACAAGAAAAUAGAAUAAAAUUCGAUUCACAAAAUGAAGCUAUUACAUUGGCUGAUAUUUCCGCUUUAGCCGCAGCGAGUAUGGCUGAAAAUAUUCCUGACGACAAGGCAAAUAAUGAAUCAAGACGCAACUCACGUUCAAAGAGUUAUUUGUCUGAGCUUUCUGCUCUAGAAUAUUUCAUUGUAAAGCACGUGGCUGUUCUUGCAAUGGAGCAACUUUUGAAGGAACAUUUUUCAUUAGAAGAGUUGUUAGACUUAAUUGGAUUGAAAAAAGCUAAUUUUUGGACAAAAUUUGUAACGUCAAUUAAGCCUGCAGAAAAAAAGCCUGUUAAGAAGAAAGGUACUUUUGGUGUGGCUCUUGACAUCCUAGUUGAAAGGUAUGGUAUUGAUUCUGUGUUAGGCGCAGGACCUGGUCGUAUAAGAGUUCCUAGCUUUGUUGACGACAGUAUAUCCGCUAUGAAAACAAUGGAUAUGUCAGUUGAGGGUAUAUUCCGUAAAAAUGGCAACAUUCGAAGAUUAAAAGAUCUUAGCGAAGCGAUCGACAAAAACCCUUCAGCAGUAAAUCUUUCCGAAGAUAAUCCCGUACAAGUUGCUGCGCUGAUGAAAAAAUUUUUACGUGAUCUCCCUGAUCCGUUACUUACAUUCAAAUUGCACAAAAUCUUUAUAACUUCACAAAAACUACAAAAUGAGGCAGAUCGUAAGAAAAUUUUGCAUCUUGCAUGCUGUCUUUUGCCAAAAAUUAAUCGUGAUACCAUGGAAGUUCUUUUCAUAUUUUUCAAAUGGGUAGCCUCAUUUUCGCAUGUAGAUGAAGAAACAGGGAGCAAGAUGGAUUUGCAUAAUCUUGCCACAGUAAUUACACCUAAUAUACUAUAUUCGAAAUCAAAGGAUCCAACUAAAGAUGAUUCAUUUUUGGCUAUUGAGGCAGUACAUAGUUUGCUUAAAUAUCAGGAUGAUUUCUGGGUGGUAUGUUAUGGAGAUUUUAUAUUAAAUCAAAUCCGUUAUUUAUUAAAUAAUCCUGAGGGGUUAACCUCAAAAGAUAUAUUAAAACGUUGUGAGAAAUUUGUGUCUUUAAAAAAAGAAAAUGUAAAUAUGAAUGACAAUUUAAGCGAAGGUUCAAGUUCUGGUGGUGAUGGGGACAUACAAGCUUCACGUCAUAAUAAUAAUCCACAACAUCAGACAUUUAUUGAAAAGGGAAACAAUGAUAAUCAUCAAAACGCGAAUUCUACUAAUAUAUAUCCAGCUUCGUCGUCUUCAAUUGUCAAUAGCGAAAGUUCAAUUCCAGUUGAACAACGGGCAUCCUGA